AUUUGAGAUCAGUCAAGAAGAUGCCUCGCUUGCGUUCAGAAGUCUUUAUGGGACUGCUAAUGGUCCUAGGAUCGGUGGUAUCGCGACCGCAUCUCAGCAACCUCCAGGAACUGGAGCUGAGUUCGCUGCGCACCAACAGACAGCUGUUGCAGGCGGAAAUCGCCCGUUUGUUUUUGGAACAACCUCCUCGAGCAGAAACUCAACUCCUGCUAGAGGAUCUGCAACUGAGAGAUCAUCAACUAGAUCUUCAAAUAGAGAAUUUGCAGGGAAUCGGCAAGGGCAAGAGCACCCAGAGCCUGGCUAUCAAUCUGACCGCUGACUUUGAGCACCUGCAGCUCAAACUGGAUGAUUUAAAACGCCAACUUGAGUUUCUAGAUGGCAGGUUUGCCUCACAAGAAAAGCAACUGGAAGGACACUCAUCGGAAAUAGCACUGCCGGCUGCCCCCGGGUUGGGUGCCUUCUUCUGGGGACCCUUGCUGACCAUGCCGGAAUUUCCGCAGGGGAGUGUGGUCAGUGACCAGCAACAUAACCACAACAUCCAUCAGCAGGAUCACCAGCAGGAUCAGCAGCAGGUAUCAAGUCCCUCCAUCAUUAAAAGAGUGCUGGACAUGCUUAGACCAUCUGUAGGAGUAGCAGCUCUGCGGAGCCGUUGGUCUGAGUCGGAUAAAUCAGCUGGAACGGGCUCACUAACGGCUAAGCCUGUACACAUAGUUAGCGCCGAUGAACUCCUUCCACAGCUGAAGGACCAGCGAAGAUUCCUGGACAAUGCCAUCACACGACUAGAGCUUUUGGCGGUCAAGAAGGACACAAAACACAAAGAAUGAUGGAUAAGACUUUAAAUAAAUUAUAAGAAAAUUGACAAUGAUUCGAAAACAUUUCUUUAUAACCGAAAGAAAGAUAAUUAUCGAGUAAUUUAUUUUAAUAUAUAAUUAUAUAUAAAAAAAAAACAGAAAUAAGAAGGUUCAAAGUUAUAUAAGAUUUCCCUCCUUUAUGAU